AUGCCUCACCAGCGACGCAAGUCCGGCCCUUACACUGCCACCGCAUCGACAACAGACGUGCGAAAGGCAGUGACCGCAACACCCGCUCAGUACAAGCGACCAACCAUGACUCGACGACACACUCCGUCCGCCGCCCAGAAGUUGGGGCGAGGUGGUCGCGAGACCGACACGGAGAUUUGGGACAACGACGAGCGAGAGAGCUUCCCUCAGUACUGCAUGAUUUGCGAAAAGGAAUUCCACACCCACGACGAGCUGGUUCUGUACUGCUCCGAUGCAUGCCGCCGGGUAGACCAAGACUCGUCCGCGCAGGCCAAGUCGGUUCGCAGCUAUUACUCCUCUGUCUACGUCAACCAGCGCCGCAUCCUGACCGAGUCCUUGGCCGGGUCCGAGCCGCGAGACAUUGUGCCACGGGCCUCGCCCUCACGGCCCAGCUCGAUGCACUUCACCAACUCUCCGCCGGCUUCACCAGACACCGCGCUCAACUACCACACCUCGGCCAUGUCUGCCCUGCGAUCCCUCAACGUGAGGCCACCCAGCCCCCCGUCGCCGUCGGGGAGUGGCAUCUGGCCCUUCAGCCGCAGCUCAGCUACCAGCCCCAACAACUCGUACACGCGACCAUCGGCCAGCCUUCUGUACAGCCACCCGAGCACCCUCGACCUGGCCUACGGGGGCACCUACUCGCACGAGGCAGGGUCUGGGGCCAUGGACCGGCCGCUGCCCUCGAGGACCCCAGGCGGCAGCUCGCGGCCAAAGAGCGUCGAGCUUGUCAUCCCCAUGCUGACUCGGUGA